AUGUAUGUGGUUUUACUUAAACUUAGAAAUAAAUGGAGUGAAAUUGAACCUAUUGGUAAUAUUUCUGGAAAUGGAUUUGUAGAUAUAAUUAACGAUGAAUGUAUUAAGUAUAUUAAUUGUUUGGAGGGGAGAGGAGUUCAUGCAAAAAAUUCAUUUGACAAACCACAAAAUUGUCUUAAUUAUUCUUUAUUUUAUUUUGAAAUUAAAUGCAAACUUGAAGGAUAUUUUUUUAAUUGGGGAAAGUUGAUGCGUAUCGGUCUUAAAAAUUUGAAUACAAAUAAAUAUAUUUACUUUACUGCAAAGUAUGCUUCAAGUGUAAGUGAGAAAGAAGAAUCAUUUCACACUCCAACAACUUUUUGGAAUGAUAAUUAUAUACUUGGUUGUGGAUUAGUUUACCCUCCAAAUAAUAAAAUGAAUGAAUUUCCAUACAUUUUUCUAACAAAAAAUGGAAAACAAAUUGGUAAAGGUAUUUUAUUAAAAGACAAUUUCGAGUCGUAUAAACUGUUUGUCACGUUAGAAGGUUGUUCUGUUGAAGCUAAUUUUGGAAAUAAUUUGGAGAUUGAACCAUUUAAAUAUGAUAUUUCGAAUCAUUUAGUUGUGACUGAAUUUUAUUGA